AUGACUCCCUCCGCCUCGACUCGCACGCACAAAAAGUACUUGGAAGUCUCCAAUGCACCGCCCGUGUAUUCUUCAGCCGACGAACUUAACGCGUACUUUGGUGAAUUCGGCGGCUGCUUCGUGGCCGAGACGCUCAUUCAAGUCCACCACGACCUCAUCCAGGAGUACGUGAAAGCCACGCAGGACCCGUCGUUUCGUGAGGAGCUGGAGCAAUUAGGCCGCGACUACGUCGGUCGUCCCACGCCGCUGUACCAUGCCAAGCGUCUCACUGAGCACGCGCAAGGAGCUCAGAUCUGGCUCAAGCGCGAGGACUUGGCGCACACUGGUGCUCACAAGAUCAACAAUGCUCUGGGGCAAGCGGUGCUGGCCAAGCGGCUGGGCAAGACCCGGAUUAUCGCCGAGACGGGGGCUGGGCAGCACGGCGUGGCGACCGCUACAGCUUGUGCGUUGUUGGGGCUCGACUGUGUUGUCUACAUGGGCUAUGUCGACACGCAGCGCCAGUCGCUCAACGUCUUCCGGAUGAAGAUGCUCGGUGCCAAGGUUAUUGCAGUCAAGAGCGGCUCGCAGACGCUCAAGGAUGCUGUGAAUGAAGCCAUUCGUGACUGGGUCACGAACGUAAAUGACACGCACUACAUUAUUGGCUCGGCCAUUGGUCCACACCCGUUUCCGACCAUUGUCCGUGACUUCCAAGCCAUCAUGGGUCGCGAGAUCAAAGCCCAGCUGCAAGAAGAGAUUGGCCGACUGCCGGAUGCAAUCGUCGCUUGUGUCGGCGGAGGCAGCAAUGCCAUCGGUAUGUUCCACCCGUUCGUCAAGGACGAAGAGGUGGCGAUUUAUGGCGUGGAAGCUGGUGGGGACGGGGUUGACACGCCUCGGCACUCGUCGACACUGUUGGGUGGUCGACUGGGCGUGCUCCACGGUACCAAGACAUAUGUCAUGCAAGACCUUGCAGGUCAAGUUAUCGAGACGCACUCGGUGUCUGCUGGUCUGGACUACGCUGGUGUCGGCCCCGAGCACGCGUUCCUGAAAGAUUCUGGCCGUGCCAAGUACGUGAGCGUAACGGACAAGGAGGCGCUAGAAGCUUUCCAGCUCAUGUCUCAGCGUGAGGGAAUUAUUCCAGCGCUUGAGAGUGCUCACGCGGUACACUUUGGUGUACAGCUAGCGUCCACGUUGUCCCCUGAUCAGGUGAUCGUCAUUAACGUCAGUGGCCGUGGUGACAAGGAUAUGCUGCAGGUCGCCAAAGAGCUCGGUGUCAAUCUCGACGACGACCUCACCGAUAACUGA